AUGAAAGCUUUUAUUGUGGUCUGCCUGGCUUUGGCCAGUUUGGUCUCUGCGGGAGAAGUUCAGUACCCAGGUAACUCCGCAUGGGGCUACUUGGUGAAGUAUGGUAUUCCUGAGGCUGAGAGGAUCAAGGCUGCUGAGGAGAAACUCAGUCACUCCAGAAUUGUUGGAGGUGUUCCCGCUGGACAAGGACAAUACCCAUACCAGGCUGGUCUUCUCAUCUCCAUCAUCGGUUUCGAUGGAUCCGGUGUUUGCGGUGGUUCCCUCAUCAGCGCUUCCAGGGUGGUGACUGCUGCUCACUGCUGGUUCGAUGGUGUGCAUCAAGCAUGGAGGGUCACUGUUGUUCUCGGCUCCACAACUCUCUUCUCUGGCGGUACCAGGGUUGAGACUAGUGUGAUGGCCAUGCACCCGAACUGGAGUCCAGCUCUUAUCCGUAAUGACGUCGGUGUACUCUACUUGCCCCAAGCUGUGCAGUUGUCCGCCAACAUCGCACCCAUUGCUAUUGCCUCCGGAUCCUCAGACUUUGUUGGUGCAUCAGCCAUCGCAUCUGGUUUUGGUUUAACAAGCUCUGGUGGAAGCAUCAGCUCCAACCAGGUCUUGAGCCACGUUCGCCUGAAUGUCAUCGCCAACAGUGCCUGCAGCUUCGCCUUCCCGUUCGUUGUCCAGCCUUCCAACCUCUGCACCAGUGGUGUUGGAGGUGUUGGUACCUGCAGUGGCGACUCUGGUGGUCCUCUUGUAGCUAGCCAGAAUGGACAGGAUGUUUUGAUUGGUAUUACCUCAUUCGGAUCCGCUUUCGGCUGCCAAAUCAACCUGCCUUCAGUCUUCGCCCGUGUUACCUCCUUCGCCAGCUUCAUCAACCAGCACCGAUAA